AGUGGUUCCAGUGAUAGGUUGCUCCCGGUUCUGCCCACCUGCCCGGAUAUCAUAAUUGAUGAUCUGUGGGCUCCCAUUGCGAACCAUCGUAAAGAGAGGAGACCAUGAUACAAGCUGAGAACUUCACCUCUGUCAAGGAAUUCAUCCUGCUGGGACUCAGUAGCCACAGAAACAUGCAACUUCUCCUCUUUGGAGUCAUUCUCAUCAUCUACUUGCUUACAGUAUUGGGGAACACAUUGAUCAUCGUGUUGGUGCAGGUUGAUUUAAGACUCAAUACACCCAUGUAUUAUUUUCUUUCUCAUCUUGCAGGGGUAGAUAUCUGUUAUGUUACCAGCACCAUGCCUCUCAUGUUGACUCAGCUCCUGACUGGAGAUGGAACCAUUUCUUUCACCCUCUGUAUAAUCCAGAUGUACCUUUCAUUGUCUUUAGGUGCUAUUGAGCUUCUCCUGUUGGGGGUCAUGGCUUAUGACCGCUACCUGGCCAUCUGCCGUCCUUUAGUUUAUCCUGUUGUGAUGAGCAAGCUCUACCAGUUGCACUUCACUUCUGCAUGCUGGAUAACAGGUCCUCUGGCCUGUGUGAUUUGUGUUGUCUGUACUGCUUUUCAAAACUAUUGUGGCCCCAAUCAAAUCAACCAUUUCACAUGUGAGUUGCCAGUGGUGCUGAAACUCGCAUGUGGUGAUGCCAGAAUCGCUGAGGCCAUUUAUUUUUCUAUAGGAGCAUUUUUCUUUUUGGUUCCCCUUUCUAUUGUAUUGACCUCUUAUGGAUUUAUUCUUCGGACUGUAUUACAAAUGAAAUCAAACACCGGGCGACACAAGGCUUUCUCUACCUGUGGCUCCCAUUUCCUCGUGGUCUCCUUAUUUUAUGGCCCUUUAUUCUGCAUGUACCUCCUUCCGAAGACUGAUUCAGCUUCAGAUCAGGAUAAACAAAUGGCCAUCUUCUACAUUGUGAUCACUCCUCUGCUCAACUCUAUCAUUUACACUCUGAGAAAUAAGGACAUCCAUAACGCAGUAGCCAAGAUCUUGUAAAGAAGGGACUUUGAACAAGACCCUUAACUCAUGGUUAAUCUUCUGUCUUUAAAAAGAAAGAAGUGGUGGUGCAACUGAAACAAUCUGGAAUUGAACACACUCAAAACCAUAGAAAUGGUGGUAGACUUUAGACUUUCUAUACUUCCACCUCUUACAAUACUAGACAACACAGGAUCAACAAUAGAGACCUUCAAAUUUCUAGGUUCUAUCAUAUCUCAAGACCUAAAAUGGACACCUAACAUAAAAAAUGUCAUCAAAAAAGCACAACAAAGAAUGUUCUUUCUGCGCCAACUCAGGAAGCUCAAACUGCCCAAGGAGCUGCUGAUUCAGUUCUACAGAGGAAUUAUUGAGUCUGUCAUCUGCACCUCUAUAACUGCCUGGUUUGGUUCUGGAACCCAACAAGACAGACAUGGACUUCAGAGGAUAAUUAGAACUGCAGAAAAAACAAUUACUAGCAACCUGCCUUCCAUUGAGGACCUGUAUAGUACACGAAUCAAAAAGAGGGCUGUGAAAAUAUUUACAGACCCCCUCGCACGCUGGACAUAAAUUGUUUCAACUCCUACCCUCAAAAUGAUGCUAUAGAGCACUGCACACCAGAACAACUAGACACAAGAACAGUUUUUUCCCGAAUGCUAAACUCUACUAAACAAAUAAUUCCCUCAACACCCUCAAACUAUUCAUUAAAUCUGCAUUACUAUUAAUCUUCUCAUUGUUCCUAUCACCCAUCUCCUCCCACUGUACGACUGUAACUUAUUGCUGUAUCCUUACAAUUUAUAUUGAUUGUUUCCUAGUGUGAUUUGACUGCUUAUUUGUACCCUAUGACUAUCAUUAAGUGUUGUACCUUAUGAUUCGUAACGAAUGUAUCUUUUCUUUUUAUGUACACUGAGAGCAUAUGUACCAAAGACAAAUUCCUUGUGUGUCCAAUCACACUUGGCCAAUAAAGAAAUCUAAUCUAAUCUAAUCUAAUCUAAUCUAAUCUAAUCUAAUCUAAUCUAAUCUAAUCUAAUCUAAUCUAAUGCCCUGAUGGUCUAAUUGUGGCUGAUUAGGAGUAUUACUUGACAAUGCUUUGAAAGUCUGUAUUUUUCUGACUUUGGAACUAAAUCAUGAAUUCUGUGGAUAUAUUUUGCCUAGUCUAUAUGCAGUAAUUAUAUUGAGAUGUUGAAACCUCAAAGCCUAGUUCUCUUGGAAUCUGAAGAAUAUGCACCAUUCGUGGUAUCGAAAUUUUGUAGAAAUUUGUCUCAAUGUACUGGACAGAGCAUAGUGUAUAGAAUGUAUUCUGAAUCUAGCAAAUAUUUGGAAAGAUUUAUUGGUUUAAAUUUUGAGAUCUUUUUCUUUAAUCAUAUGUCUUUAAAUUCAGGAUCAUAUGGAAUUAAAUGGGGAAAAAAAUCUACCCUUAUUGAAAAUCAUUUGUAAAGCAUCACAUUGUAAUAACACUGAUAAGCAACAAACAACCCAAUAAAAGAAGUACA